UUAGUGCCGCUUGGUUCCUCAGCGCCCCUGCGUCGUGUGUACAAGCAAAGAUAAAGAUAUUUACUUUAAAAAAAAGUCUCAUUUAUGAUAGUUUGAACGUGGAAUCCAUACCGACUGGUGACCAUAUGUUACUACUCUAACGUAACUAAUUUAAGUAACACAUCAAUAUGUGUGGCUGCCUGAGGAUAUUGCGUAUUGCCAAGCCAUUACCUCAAUCAUGGCAAAGAAGACUUUAUUGUUCAUCUACAAACAAAGUUGAAGGCGUGCCCUAUAGUAAACUCAGUGUUGGUGUUCCAAAAGAGAUUUGGGAAAAUGAAAGAAGAGUGGCUCUUGUACCGGCUGUUGUAAAUAAAUUAGUUAAAAAAGGUUUUACCGUUAAUAUAGAAGAAAAUGCAGGGAAUUUAGCCAAUUUCCCUAAUAAAAUUUAUGAAGAGGCUGGUGCAAAAGUAACAAGUUUAAAAGAUACCUUUCAAUCUGAUAUAAUCCUUAAAGUGCGACCAGUAGCAGAUGUGGAACUUAAAAAUAUAAGAGAUGAGGGGACCUUAAUUUCAUUCAUGUACCCUGCUCAAAAUCAAGAUUUAAUUCAAAAAUUAGCUGCCAAAAAAGUAAAUGCAUUUGCUAUGGACUGCAUACCUCGUAUCAGCCGUGCCCAGGUAUUUGAUGCUCUGAGCUCAAUGGCUAAUGUAGCAGGAUAUAGGGCUGUGAUUGAAGCUGCAGCACAUUUUCCUCGUUUUUUCUCAGGUCAGAUGACAGCAGCGGGGCGCGUGCCGCCGUGCCGCGUGCUGGUGGUGGGCGGCGGCGUGGCGGGGCUCGCGGCGGCGGCGCAGGCGCGCUGCAUGGGCGCCGCCGUGCGGGCGUUCGACACCAGACCGGCCGUGCGAGAGCAGAUCGAGAGUUUGGGGGCUCAGUUCAUUACUAUGGAUGUUAAGGAAGAAGGAGCGGGCGAAGGCGGCUAUGCUAAAGAAAUGAGUGAAGAGUUUUUGCGAGCUGAACGAGCGCUGCUUGGCAAAAAAGCGAGAACAUCCGAUGUUGUUAUUAGUACAGCUCUUAUUCCGGGAAAACCAGCGCCAUUACUAAUUCUCGAGGAUGCUGUUCGUGAUAUGGCUCCAGGUAGCGUUAUUGUCGACUUGGCGGCAGAAAUGGGUGGUAACAUUGAAACCACCAAAAAGGGAGAGGUAGUAAAAGUUCAUGACGUCACACACAUAGGUCUUACGGACUUGCCUAGCCGAAUGCCCAGUCAUGCGUCCACAUUAUAUGCAAACAAUAUUUCGGCGUUCCUAUUCAGUUUAGGCACGAACGACCACUUCCACAUCAACCUCGAAGAUGAAGUAACUCGUGGAGCUAUAGUACUAAAAGCGGGAGAGCUGUUGUGGCCAGCGCCGCCCCCGCCCAGUAUGGCGCCCGCGCAGGCCGCGCCCAAACCAGCCGCACUCGCGCAACCGGAACCGCCGAAUCCCUUCAACGAGACUAUGAAAGACGCCUUCUUGUAUUCUACAGGCAUGGCGAGUUUGAUUGGCUUGGGAAUGGCUUCACCAAAUCCUGCAUUCACAACAAUGACCACAACAUUAGCAUUAUCAGGUGUUGUGGGUUACCAUACCGUGUGGGGCGUUGUUCCGGCCUUACAUUCACCCUUAAUGUCAGUAACCAAUGCGGUAUCUGGCAUCACGGCUGUUGGCGGCUUGUUGCUCAUGGGCGGUGGAUAUGUCCCCGAAACCCCAGUGCAGUGGUUGGCUAGUACUGCAGCAUUGAUUUCAUUCGUAAACGUUUUUGGUGGCUUUUUAGUAACACAGCGGAUGCUGGAUAUGUUCAAGAGGCCAGGUGAUCCACCGGAAUACGGAUACCUAUAUGGCAUCCCCGCAGCUGCGCUACUCGGUGGCUAUAUCGUCACCGCUAUGCAGGGCUAUCCUGAGGUCCACCAAAUGGCGUAUCUUGCAUCUUCACUUUGCUGUGUUGGCGCCCUCGCCGGUCUCAGUUCACAGACCACAGCCAGAAAAGGAAAUUACCUUGGUAUGAUCGGUGUCGCCGGUGGUAUUGCUGCUACGUUGGGUGCGAUAACACCUAGCGCUGAAGUUCUAGCCCAAAUGUUGGGUGUUGCGGGUAUAGGCGGCGCUCUUGGUGGUACAAUUGCUAAGAGGAUUGAGAUAACUGACUUACCACAACUGGUAGCUGGUUUCCAUAGUCUGGUAGGUAUGGCAGCCGUCCUAACGUGUAUCGCCACAUACAUGCAUGACUUUCCUGCUAUGGCCCUCGACCCUACCGCUGCUACGCUGAAGACGUCGCUCUUCCUUGGCACAUACAUCGGUGGAAUAACGUUCACCGGGUCGCUGGUCGCGUACGGCAAGCUGCAGGGCUCGCUGUCGUCGGCGCCGCUGCUGCUGCCCGGGCGGCACGCGCUGAACGCGGGGCUGCUGGCGGGCGCGCUCGGCUGCGGCGGCGCGCUCGUGGCGCUGCCCGACGCGCCCGGCCUGCCGCUGCUCUCCGCCGCCGCGCUGCUCAGCGCCGUGCAGGGGCUCACGCUCACCGCGGCUAUCGGAGGAGCGGACAUGCCUGUAGUGAUAACAGUUUUGAACAGUUACUCGGGAUGGGCUCUGUGCGCUGAGGGCUUCAUGCUGAACAACUCGCUCAUGACCAUUGUGGGCGCACUCAUUGGAAGCUCGGGAGCUAUCCUGUCUUAUAUUAUGUGCAAGGCAAUGAACCGCUCGCUUCCUAAUGUGAUCCUGGGCGGUUACGGUGUGACGUCGAGCGGGUCGGCGCGGCCCGCGGGCGCCACUCACACUGAAAUGAAUGUGGACUCCGUCGCCGAUCUUAUUAACCGCGCUUCAAAUAUUAUUAUUACACCUGGUUAUGGACUAUGUGUAGCAAAGGCUCAAUAUCCAAUUGCAGAAUUAGUAAACAUACUGAAGAAUGUCGGAAAGAAAGUGCGCUUCGCUAUCCAUCCAGUUGCUGGUCGUAUGCCUGGUCAGUUGAAUGUUUUGCUCGCCGAAGCCGGAGUUCCAUAUGACGAUGUAUUUGAAAUGGAAGAAAUUAACGAUGAAUUCCCGGAAACUGAUCUAGUGCUUGUUAUUGGAGCUAAUGAUACAGUAAACAGUGCUGCUGAAGACGACCCCGAUUCUCCUAUUGCGGGAAUGCCUGUACUCAAAGUUUGGAAAGCAAAUCAGGUCGUUGUCAUGAAGAGAUCCAUGGGAGUUGGAUAUGCGGCGGUCGAUAAUCCAAUCUUCUACAAUCCAAACACUGCUAUGUUACUCGGUGACGCUAAGAAAACAUGUGACGCUCUACUUGAUAAAAUAAAACUACUAUCUAACUGAACUAAAAGAAUCCUAGCAAUUCUAUAGAUAAAACUGAACGGGAUAUUGUGCAGUGCUUUUCAGCAAUAGAGAAAAUAAUGUUAUAAGAAUUUUAUAAGAAACAAAAUGCAUAAAAAACAUUUGAUUGUUUCAGUUAAUUGUAGCACAAAAGGCAUUUUAUUAUGAUUUUGUGAUUUUUGUAUAAGGUAAUAUAUAUAAGAUGUGCCAUGAUAUUUGACUGAAAUCGAAAAUAUUUUGAUGAAUAUAAUUUUAGAUCUGUUUUUAUAUUGAAAAUUUAUAAAAAUAUUUAGAACAUAGAAAUUCCAAAAUAAAUAUAUCUAAAGAUAUGUGCCUUAACAAUC